AUGGGGAGAAACAAAGGCGCCGCCGCCAGGCGUAAGAAGGCCGGCGCCUUCGUCAGGAAAGGCAACGCCCCCAAGGUUAACGCCGAGGCCCCCAGGCCCUGCCCCAGCCUCAGUCCUGACCUCUUGGCAAACAUCCACGACCGCCUGCGCUUCCUCGACCGCGUCGCCUUCGCCGCAGUCUUCGCCUCGUCCUGCGACAACGACCUGUUCAAGCCCGAGCCGUGGCUCCUCCUCCCCUGCGACAAGCCGGAGACUGUCCAGCUCUUCUCCAUCGCCGAUCGGCGAGGCGCCACAGUGCCCGCCCCGGAGCCCGCGCUGCGCGACCACUUAAUCGUCGGCUCCUCGCGCGGGUGGCUCGCCACGGCCGACGACCGGGGCCAGAUCUACCUCGUCAACCCGUCAACCGGCGAACAGCACGAGCUCCCCCACAUGUCCACCAUGGGCGUCUUCCUGCCCAGGACGAACUACCACUAUUUCUCCCUUAAAAACGAACCCUACCUGACCAUCCGGUACGGCCACGGGCCACCGUUCCACGAACACAGGGACGCGCACGCGAGGACUACUACGUACGCCGCCGACCAGAUGCGCAAGUGGUUCUACCGGAAGGUGGUCCUCUCGUCGUCUCCGUCGUGCCCGGGCAGCUACGCCGUCAUGCUCAUCACGGAGUGGAGGACUGGCGCCCCGGUCUUCGCAUCGGCGGAUGACCCCAUGUGGAGGCUGGCCCCUUCGCCAGACGGCGUCGAGGACGCCAUCCACCACGACGGCCAGUUCUACUCGGUCUCCUACACGGGCGUCGUGGAGGCGUGGGAGCGCGACGCGGACUCCGGCGCGUACACUAGCACGCCCGUCGCGCCAAAGCUGGCCGUUGAAGAACACAAAGGAGAAGGCGGAGAGCCCUCAUGCCGCAAGUACCUCGCUGUCGCGCCUGGCGGGCGGCUGAUGGUGGUGAUCAAGUACCCCGAGGUGGUUAAGGAGCGCUACGGCAGCGACAAGUGGUCGUGCGCGUUCAAGGUCCAUGUCCUCGGCGACGACGGGCACUGGAAGGAGACGAGCGACAUUGGCGAACUCGCGCUGUUCGUCGGGGUGAAUACUUCAUUGUGCGUGCCGACAAUAGGGCGCCCGCAGAUCAAGGCCUGCUGCAUCUACUAUACCGACGACGAGCUCGGCCCAGCGGAGCUGCGCAAGCACAGCGGUCGGGAUAACUCUGAUCUACGGGCCGUCGGGGUGUACAGUCUCAAAGACGGCACGCUGAAGAAGAUGGAGGCGCUCGGGAAGGAGCAGCGAAGCUUCUACCCGCCGCCGGCGUGGAUCACGCCUUCCAUCCCAUGA